UUUUGACUUUUUGACUUUUAUUUUAUUUUAGUUGGGUUUUCGAUUUAAAUGCCCACGACAUGACUAGUUCGUUCCUUCAAUUUAUAUUAUCCAUUAACCAAACCGAAGUUUUUUUAGUUGGAUUUAGUUCGGCAAACCGAUAUCAAACCCCCGGUUUUCUUUCUGAAGCAAAUGACGGAGAGAUUCUUCCCGACGAAACCAAGCUCCGGCGGCGCCGGGAACUACCGGCGAGGUAACCUCACUCUCCUCUCCGGCCCGAUUUCCUCAGGCAAAACCUCUCUGCUAUUCCAAUUCGCACUCAACAUAGCGAGCGCUUCUCAAACCAACCACGUCGUCUUCAUCUGCCACCGCAAAAGAAUCGAAUCCAACCCUCCCUUCCUCUCCCAGGGGAUCGACCCUUCCUCCUCCGAUGCAUUCAAUCGAAUCCAAAUGAAGUAUGUGGAUGAUGAUGAAGGACUGAGGAACUACUUUGCCGCGUUUCAUCUCCACCUUGAUCUCCCUCCUGCUGCACUUGUAAUCGAUGACUUUGGUGACUACUUCACCAACUCGAAGGGGAGUAGUUUAAUGAACUCACGUGCUAGAGACAUGGCCAUGGUGCGCACUCUUGCUCUAUGCCACAAUGCUAUUGCUCAUGCCAACAAGAAAGCUGCUUGCGAGCUUGUGUUAUCCGAGACCAGUUCUGGAGACUCCCCCAGGUCUUUGUUCAUCUACAAACGAUGGAUCCCAUCCAUCUUUACAAUUAAAGGUCAUGGUGAUGGGUCGUUUCUCUUGACAAGUAAUGGUUCAUCCCAGAAAAGCGCCAAGUAUUCCAUCGCGCUGCAGUAUCUCAUCUUAGAGGAGAUUGUUAAUUGAUGAAAGAGUUAGUUCUUCCUUCUUACAACCAAGUAUAUGUCAAAGAAGAAAACAGUAUGGUUUUCCUUAUAACAAGUGUGUGUUGUGACAUAUUUGCCAUAUUUAUAGUUCUUAUAACUUUUUUUUUAAAUUAAAAACUAUU